UCUCUUCGGCAGCAGAAGAAUAAAGCACGGAGAAGAAUAGCGUAAAAAUAUUGUUAGGUAUUUGCGCGAAAAUCUACAUAAUAUUAGUGCAGAAAUAUGCAACUAUAGUGAAAAACGACAAAUAAAGUGGACAUUCGAUGUCUCCUAUUAUAAAGUGAAUUGUAUAUUAAAUUGCAAAGAUAUAUUUUAAAUAUAAUCUGAAAUUUAACUAAAGCAAAGAAUUCAGAAAGGAAGUACAGAAACAAAAGAAAUCCGGCAUAAUUUGAUAGCAUCAAAGAUGACGGAGGUAAAAUAUCCUUCAGGCUGUCGUCCGCUGACUGAGGAUUUAGGGACAGACGAACUCAUCCGUAGACUUAAGACACUAACUCAUGCCUUACAAGCGAUGGGACAAGAUGAAAAACACCUUCAUGACUACAUACAAUUGGCGUUGCUACUAGUAGAUGAUUACUUUCUACAACACACGUCGCGUGAUGUUCAACUUUUAGUUGCAUGUUGUAUAGCUGAUAUUUUAAGAGUGUUUGCCCCUGAGGCACCAUAUAAGGACCAAGACCAAAUCAAAACUAUAUUCAUGUUCUUCAUUAAGCAACUUCACGGUCUCAAAGAUCCAAAAGAUGCAUCAUUUAAAAGAUAUUUCUAUUUGCUGGAAAAUUUGGCCUUCGUAAAAUCGUUUAACAUGUGUUUUGAAAUUGAGGAUUGUCAGAAAAUAUUCUGUCAACUUUUUGCAAUGAUAUUUAAAAUAAUUAACGAGAAUCAUAGCACCAAAGUGAAAAAUUUCAUGAUUGACAUAAUGAGUCCCCUCAUUACGGAGGCAGACAAUGUGACAACACCGUUAUUGGAUUUAAUUUUGAUUAACAUUGUAGAACCUCAGAAAUCUAAUAAUAUUCAUGCUCAUCAGUUAGCAGAACAAUUAGUGCAGAAGACUAGUUACGCCUUGGAACCAAUUAUAAAAAUCUUUUUUAACCAAGUGCUUAUUAUGGGUAAAAUUGAUAAAAAUAUUGCGAUUACUUCAAAAAUUUAUGAUCUGAUUUAUGAGCUAAAUCAAAUUAGUCCGAAUCUGAUGUGCUCUGUUUUGCCACAACUGGAAUGUAAAUUAAAAUCUACAAAUGAAAUAGAACGGAUGAAGGCUGUAUCUUUAUUGGCAAGAAUGUUUUCCGAAAAGGAUUCUCAGCUUUCAAAAAAACACACUGCAUUAUUGCGUGUGCUCUUGGGUCGCUUUUGCGAUAUUGCACCUGCGAUACGUGUUAAAUGUGUACAAUCUUCAAUGCAUUUCUUGCUCAAUCAUCCACAUUUGCGCAAAGAUAUUAUCGAAUGUUUACGGGCGCGACAGCAUGAUUCCGAUGAAACGGUACGUUACGAAGUUGUGAUGGCUAUUGUUGCGACAGCGAAGCGAGAAUUCAAUAUCGUAUGCGAAUCUCAAGAUUUAUUGCACAUUGUUCGUGAACGUACGCUAGACAAGAAAUUUAAAAUUCGUAAAGAAGCUAUGAACGGACUAGCAUUUAUCUAUAAAGGAGUGAAAUGUGAGCCUAAUGAUCUUUCCUCUGAAGUAAAGGAAUCUGUAGGUUGGAUUAAAAAUAAAAUUUUACAUGGCUAUUAUAUGCCUGGGAUUGAGGAUCGCCUACUUGUUGAACGCUUACUUAUCACCUGCCUAGUGCCGUACAAACUGCCGCCCGAGGAAAGAAUGAAAAAGUUGUAUCAUCUGCUUGGUACACUCGAUGAUAAUGCCAUGAAAGCAUUUAUGGAAAUACAAAAAAAUCAAAUGAAAACACGAAAAACUGUUAGCGAUUGGGUAAAAAUGCAUCACACCAAAGACCUUACACAAAAAAUGCAAAACCAACUUAACGUUAAACAGGCCAUAAUUUGCAAAUUACUGCCAGACCCUCUUAAAGCCAGUGAAUUUAUAGCGAAAUUUAGUGUCAACAUGCGCAAAGAUACAACAUUAUUGCGUUACAUGGAGAUCAUAUUAAAGCGUGAUGUGUCUUGUAAAGAGUGUGCAGAUACCAUGUCCUUGCUUCUGAAGAAACUCGGAAAUCCAAUGACGGCAAAUAUUUAUUAUAAUACCGUAAAAAUGCUUAUAGAACGAAUUGCAUCAGUUAUGGUGGAUAAAGAGUCCAUCGGAAUUUUGAUAAGCCUUAUUGACCAAUGUAUGCAACGCGGCAAAAUUGUGGAGGAAGUGGGUAUACCAAGUGACGAAGCCGGAGAACUUGGUCUUAAAUUUCUAUGUAUGCUUUCGUAUAUAUUUUCCGCUCAUUUUUUCACCGAUGAAACCUUACAACACAUGAUCGCCUUAUUGAGUCACGAAGAGGAUUACGCUGCACCACUUAUUUUAAAGGCACUCGCCCAUCUAGGAAGAUACCAUCCUCUCUGCGACACAAAUCCAGCUCUUUUGGAAGCGCUUGCUUCAAUUUGUAAAGAUUUUGCGCUAACCGGGACUAUAAAACAAGCCAAACACGCAGUUCGUUGCAUAUUUGUCAAUGUACAAACUCAAACGGCAGGUGGCGCUGGCGCCGAAGCUAUUAGUCCUCCACCAAAAACGCCUAUCAUUCAUCCUAUUUUUAAUGAAAUCAUAGAAAUAUUACGCGUCACGCUCUCCCCACAAGAUCCGUAUCAACAUACGAAAAUUUGUACGUUAGGUCACAUUGCGUAUCAUAUGCCCCAAGCCUUCCUCACGCCUGUGAAAAAUAUGAUAGCGCGACGCGUUGUCAAAGAAUUACUGAUCCAAGGCGUUUCCGAAACACGUGAUUGCAUUCUACCGGAUGGUGACUGGUGUGACAAAAACAGACUGCCUGCGGACACACUUUGCAAGCUCGAUGCACUUAAGACAAUGGCGCGCUGGCUAAUAGGCCUGCGUUCAGAUGAACAUGCCGCACAGAAGACGUUUCGUAUGUUAGUCGCGUUUAUAAAUCAGCGAGGUGAUUUAUUAGAGCAGAAUCGUUUAUGUCCGGCAGAAAAGUCGUGGCUACGGCUCAGUGCUGCUUGUGCCAUGCUAAAGAUUUGCGAACAAAAAGGUGUUGGAGAUCAGUACAACGCUGAGCAGUAUUUCAAUUUAUCGCAAGUUAUGUGUGAUCCUGUGCCUGAGGUACGCGACAUGUUCGCACGAAAGCUACAUAAAGGUUUGGGCAAAGGAUUACCGAACAAAUGCUUACCAUUGGAUUUUAUGGGAUACUACGCAUUAGUUGGUCAUGAAACUGAUAAAAGACUUAUUGAGGUCAUUCGCAACUACGUAGAAGUCGAUGUUAAUAAAAGACGUGAUUAUCUCAAAACUAUAGCGACAAUGUCGUCAGAGGGCAAAAACGAUACACAAACCGCAUACAUUUUGCCUGACUUCAUGUUAGCUUUCGCGAUACCCCUCCUUGCACAUGAUCCAAAGUUCACCAACUACGAAGAUCGCAACCAGCUGAAACAAGUUGAAAAAUGUUUGCGUUUUAUUCUUGAACCGCUAAUGGCGAGACGAGAAGCUUUUUCCUACAGCUUCUACACAAAUCUUAUACAGAUGAUGAAAGACCACCAGGAUACCACACCGAAUGCAGAAGAUAAUUCAUAUAACUUCAAAAUAUGGGCGGCAUGUGAUCUAGCUUUGUACAUAAUCAACUCUAAAAUCGGUGAUGGCAGCACCUCUUCAAAUUCAUUUUCUGUACAAAUACAAUUACCAGAGAUGUAUUAUAAGCCUUUAGAUAAACCCGGUAACAAUACAAAGGUUUACAUACCUCUGGAUAUGUAUACGUUAGCAUCAAGUCCAAUAUCCGCAGCGUCAAAGUUAACUACGUCGACAAAUGUCUCAACGGUAGUUAAAAAGUUAGCUACUUCAGCAGCUAGUAGCACGAAUAUAACAAUGCGCCUCGGCGAAAAACGCCCUGCUGAUAAUCUAGCGAGUAAUGAAAACUCCCCGACUAAUGCCCAGGAUAACACUGUUACUUACGAGGAGGGUAAGGUUGAAUCGAAUGCAAGUAGUAUAGUUGAGCCGGCAACUAAACGAACACGCGGUCCAUUGCGUGCUGGAAAAACAGUUUCAUAAAAUCAAAACAAUGGCGUGGUUAAAUAAACCGAACGUCCGCAAAUGCAUCCCUCCUAAACCGGCACAGCGCCUUGGAGCACUCAUACGUACUAUGCAGGGAACCGUAACAACACAUACACAUACAUAGCCGUUGCAUUUAGUGACGGAGAUCUGUACAUUUUUUAAAUCAGAAAGCCAACCUAUUAAUUCUUUACUAGUAGGUGAAUUUUUACUUUUCAACUUCAAGCACCCUUUUGGUGCUUGCGUGUGGGGAAGCACAAACACAAACGAUGAAAGCAAAUGUUUGUGUAUAUAUUGGUUUUAUUAUGACUGGGGGUCCUGACCGAUCUUAUGAUGUUGAUUGCUGUUUAGCCAAGUUUCGUUUAAUAUUCCCAGAUUUACUGUUAUGCCUCAUUAUAAAUUACAAUUACACAAAGAACACGUACUAAGAAAAAUAUUUGUUUGAUUUAUAUAAAAUAAUCUAAAACAAAGGAACAUAAAACUACUUUAGAUAGCAUUUAAGUAUUUAUGUAUAUCAUAUUAUAUGCCUCUACAAAAUCAUAUAUAAAUAUGCAUGCAAACUUACGAAAUGAGAAACUGGAUUGAAUAUAAAAUAUUUAAAAAUAA